UCCCACUCCUCUCGGGCCACGAAGGAAGAGCCCCAUUGCCUCGCAGACCAGCUGGAGUUGCAUGGAGGGAGUCGCCAGCAAAAGUUUUCAGCCAGCAGCCACAUCUCUGUGAUCAUGGUGAAAUCAUGUUGUGCAAUAAACUGCAACAACAAAUUUUUGCUGGGCAACAAUAUUUCAUUUCACAGGUUUCCUCUGGGGAAAAAAGAUCUGUUGAAAAAGUGGGUUUGGAACAUCCGUCGCAAGAACUUCACCCCCACACGGCACCAUGUGAUCUGCUCGGAACAUUUUUGCGAGACGGACUACCUUGAAAACGUGGCUUCCGGGAGGCGGUACUUAAAGCCUGAAGCGAUUCCGACAGUGUUUAACAUACCCGAGCGGCUAAAGAAGGGUGGUAAAAAGAGGCGGCCCCAUGUCCGCCGUGAUCCUCCACCAAGCUGUCAGUUGAAAACCAAGGAGAGCGAUGCAGAAGUGCCUUCCCCUGGAAGCGAUGUUGUGGGGCUGGAGCACUCUUACUCUCUCCCAGCCAGUCCAGCCCGGGAUCUUCGCUUGGCACCUGCGCGGGAGCACUGCCUGACUGACCCCACGGCAGGAAAAGGCCCUCGCUUCCUCCAGCCCAGGCCUUGGAGGGAAUGCAGGGAGAGGACAUGGCGAAACAUCUCGGAGGAGCCCAUCGACAACUCGGAUGCCCAGCGCCAGCACUUCCGCCAGUUCCGCUACGAAGAGGUCAAAGGGCCCCGAGAGCUUUGCAACCGGCUCUGGGACCUUUGCCACCAAUGGCUGAAGCCCGGGAAGCACACGAAAUUGCAGAUUCUGGAGCUGGUGAUCCUGGAGCAGUUCCUGGCCAGUCUUCCCUGGGAGAUGCAGGAUUACAUCAAGGAAGAGCAACCAGCAAACUGUGAUAGUGCUGUGACCCUUGCCGAGGAUUAUCUGAAGAGACAGCAAGGGGAAGAGGUGCGGAGGCCGCUGGCCGAGAUGGCGGCCAAUCUCCCUGAGUCCGAGAAAGCUCCCUCGGAGGUGCGUCGUUCGCUGCGGGUCAGGAGGCCCACCAGGAAGGGAGAUGGAAGUUCUGCUUUGCUGGAAGAUGUGCCUGCAAGUGACAACAACCAGGCAGAGAUUCUUCAAGAUGAAGUCCCUGCAUCUGAAGAAGUGGUAUCUCAGGAGGAAGUUUCCUCCGUGACUGAGGCUGCUGAAAUUGUGUCAGUGAGCGAUGGGUGGCAGAGUGACGAAGAAGGGGAGCUGUGUGGGGCACCAUGUGAAGAAAGCGAGGGCACAGAGAUUGAGGAGAACUCCAGGGGUCUGGGAAGAACAAAGAGGCAACAGGGAUCUGAGGCACCUGAGAAGGGGAAGAAGAGACUGGCAGCAGGCAAUGAUCAAGUGCCAGGGAAUGAAGAGGAGAGUCAGCUGGAAACAGCUGAGCGAGGAGGAGGAGGAGAAACUUUGGGGACAGUCAGCGGGAAAUCUCCCCAGGGUCUUAAGGUUGAAGGGGCACCUGGAAUCCUGCAGCACACAGAGAAUCUGAAGGAGAUUGCAGCGAAAGAGAAUCCAUAUAAAUGCCUCUCCUGCGAGGAAAGUUUCCAUAAACGGUCUCAGCUGGUUAUACACCAGAGGGGUCAUGCUGGAGAGAAACCAUACAGUUGCUCCCAGUGCGGCCAGGGUUUCUCUUCCCGCCCCGAGCUUCUCAGCCACGAGACAAGCCACACGGAAGAGAAACCAUAUCAGUGCUCAGACUGCGGGAAGAGCUUUCGGGAACAAGCGUACGUUGUCCAGCACAAGAGGAUCCACACGGGGGAGAGGCCGUAUACGUGCUCCGAGUGCGGGAAGAGCUUCUAUCGCAGAGGGUCCCUUAUUCUGCAUGAGAGAAUCCACACAGGAGAGAAGCUGUACAAGUGCCCAGACUGUGGGAAGAGCUUCAAUCGGAAACCGCACCUUGCCGUGCACAGGAGAAUCCACACGGGGGAGAAACCCUACGAAUGCUCCGACUGUGGGAAGAACUUCACCGUGAAAUCUGCUCUCAAUGUGCACAUGAGGACCCAUUCCGAAGAGAAGCCGUACCAGUGCUCUGAUUGCGGGAAGAGCUUCCGCGAGAAAGGCACCCUCAACAUACACAAGCAGAGCCACACGGCGGAGAAGCCGUUUCAGUGCUCCGAGUGCGGAAAAUGCUUCCGCUAUGCAGCAUCGUUCCGGAGGCACAAGAAGUCCCAUUCGGUAGGACCCGUCUUGAAAUCCUACGAAUGCCCUGAGUGCGGAAAGGGCUUUGGCCGCAAAGAUUACCUUAUUACACACCGGAGAAUCCACACCGGAGAGAAGCCGUACAUGUGCUCCGUGUGCGGGAAGAGCUUCAACCAUGGCGCAACCCUCGUCACGCAUAAGAGGACUCACACGGGAGAGAAGCCGUACGAGUGCUCCGAGUGCGACAAAAGCUUCAAGCAGAUUUCGGGCCUUAUUACGCACCGGAGAACCCACACUGGAGAGAAGCCAUAUGGAUGUUCCGAUUGCGGGAAAUCCUUCAUUCUGAAAUCGUACCUUGAUGUGCAUAAGCGAACUCACACCGGCGAGAGACCAUAUCAGUGUUCACACUGUGGGAAAGGGUUCUCGUGCUCCUCUUACCUUUUAAGACAUGAGAAAACCCACACCGGGGAGCGAUCGCACAUAUGCUCUGACUGUGGCCAAAGUUUCCAUUGGAAACGGUCCCUGAUCAUGCACAUGAGGAAACAUACAGGGGAGCAGAACGUACACGAUUGCGCUAUCUGUGGCAAAAGCUUCAGCUGGUCAUCUGCUCUUAGCGUACACAUGAGAACCCACACCGGGGAGAAGCCGUACGUGUGCUCUGAGUGUGGCAAAAGUUUCAGCGGCAAAUGGAUCCUCAUUCAGCACAAGAGAAUCCACACGGGGGAAAAGCCAUAUGAAUGCCCCGAGUGUGGGAAAUGCUUCCAUGUGAAAUCCUCUCUCCUUGCGCACCAGAGGACCCACACGGGGGAGAAGCCACACGAAUGCUCCGAGUGUGGAAAGAGCUACAGUGUGAAAGCCAACUUCAUUGCACACAUGCGAACUCACACGGGGGAGAAGCCGUACGAGUGCGCAGAGUGCGGGAAAAGCUUCUACAAGAAAGACCGCCUAAUGACGCACAAGAGGACCCACACGGGGGAGAAGCCCUACCAGUGCUCGGAGUGCGGGAAGGGCUUCAACUGGAAAGUCGGCCUGAUCAACCACAUGAGGAUCCACACGGGGGAGAAGCCGUACGCUUGUGCCUCGUGCGGGAAGUGCUUCCACAAGAAGGACCACCUGGCGCGUCAUGAGAUCAUCCACACGGGAGAGAAGCCGUACACCUGCUUUGACUGCGGGAAGAGCUUCAACCAGAAAGUCGCCCUCCUCGUGCACAAGAGGACCCACACGGGAGAGAAGCCCUACAAGUGCACCGAGUGCGGGAAAAGCUUCAGCUGGAAAAAGUCCCUGAUCACACACAAGGCGGCUCACACAGGAAAGAAACCGUAUCAGUGCUCGGAGUGCACGGAAAGCUUCAGCAGGAGAUCCCAGCUUGCCGAACAUGAAAGAAUGCACAUAGGCUUCAUUGCUGAAUCUACAGAGCUCACCGUGGAGGAAAUUAGCACUGCCGUGAUGAGCUUGGAUUGCAAUGCCAUUAUUUUGACCACCGCUGUAUAGAGCAGGAAACGUCGGGAUGCUGCACUUGGGUUUCUGGAAGCUAGCCAGUUUGCUGAACCCGGUUUUUUUAUUUUUUAUUUUUAAGAAAAAGCUUUUUCCAUAUGCCGCUGCAGCAGAGUAUCUUUAACGUUCUCACGAGCCUUUUCAGAGGUUGGUUAUCUUGCAACUGCUUCAAAAUUAUUGAAAUAUCUCCCAAGAUCAUCUCCUCCCUCUUAAUCCUUCUGGUCGCUGAAACCCCCAUCUGGCUUUUAUCCAUGUCAGCACUAUAUAAAAACCAUUGUCUUCACUUGCAUUUUCCGAAGAAUAUAGCUCUGAAUAAAACUCUUUAGAAUCAAA